UCACAAUGUUUACAAUAUGUAAUUCAUUGUGACAGCUGCUGCUGUAGUAGUUGUGUCAUUCAAACAUUGGUUGUAGCAGCCCCCCUCUGGGAUCUUUGUCCAUUUAACUUGACUGUUAGACGACUUUAAGAUAUAAUUUAAGUGGAAAAGAUUCAGUUUGAGCAUUAGUUGGUUCCAGAGUGAUGGCCAGGUGGUUGGGUAGGUGACGAUAUAAGCUUCCACUGAUGUGACAGACGACUUUUAAUGUAAACUAACUUCUAGCUUACUUAGACUAAUUUCUAAAUUCAUUUAUGUUCUGGGAUCGAACAUGACCAAGGCGAGCUUGAAUUUAUUUCAUUUUUAUGAAUUUUAUUAUUGACCCCGAUUCUAGUUUCUUUCUGUACGGAGACAGACGACGACAUAAGUCUUAACAAUAGUGACUAACACGUAUACACAGUCCUUGCGGCGACAGAACAACAUGGAAAACGACGACCAGACACAACAGAAUACAGACGUUGCUCCUCAUGUAUUGGAAGGAAGUUUUCGAGAAGCAGCUGCCUGUGGGGACAUGGAAAAACUGACCGAAAUCGUGGAAAGUGGUGUAGAUGUUAAUUCACAGAGCAGUCUUCAUGGGUGUACUGCUUUGCACUGGGCUACAAUUAGAAACCAUACAUCUGUUGUUGCUUUCCUUUUGACACAUGGUGCAGAUAAAAAUAUAAAAAAUUUUGAUGGUAACAUCCCUGCUGAAUUAACAUCAGACUCCACCAUACAUCAGUUACUGGGAGUCUCAGAUGCUGCUGCUUUGGAUAUAAAGGAACCCAACUUACCAAUUCAUCCAAAUUACUUAGCUCAUCCUCCAUUUCCGCACACAACUCCUACGCAGUCCACACCUUCAAGUGCCCCUCAACAGCUGCCUCCAUCCAAAGGACUAUAUUCAUAUAACACUGAGAAUGUCACAGAUGCCACUGCUGCUUUGGAUAUAAAAGAACAGAACAUACCAAUACAUUCAAAUUACCAGGCACAUCGAACAAUGCCACACGCAAACCCUGCACAACCUGCUCUCAGUGGUGUUCCACAGCAGCAGAUGGCACCAUCCAAAGGUUUAUUUGCCUUUAACCUUGAAAAUGAAAUCGUCCUCAGAGCAAGAGUUGCCAAUGUUGAAGAACAAGAUUACAUAGAAAUAGAGUUGGAUCGGUCUUCAUUGACAUUUGAUGCCCUCCUGAACUUGUUGUGUCAAGAACUGAACAUUGAUAAACGCCUUGUAUAUAAAAUACGUAAAUUGCCCAAUACGAUCAUCCGCAAAGACAAAGAUGUGAAGCGUCUUGUGGAUUUCCAAGAAUUAGAACUUAUUCUUACUAACAAAGCCAUCAGUGCCUCAUCUCGGACUUAUGGUGUUGGCACAAAACUGAAGUCUGAACAAAUUUUGUAUUAAAAAAUGUACUACAAGCUCAUGCACGAGCAUGCAUGCACAUGCUCACUUUCUCUCUCUCUCUCCCUCUCUCUCUCUCUCUCUCUUUCACAUGCAUGUAAACUUUGAAAGGAAUGAGCUAAGCAUCUAUUAUCCUUAAUAUUAUAAUGAUAGUGGGGUGACUGGCAGAUUCUGUAGGGCAAUAGACUAAAGCUCUUUAUGUUCUGAGUUCACUUACUACUAAUAUUGACUUUCACUUUCAUCCAUCUAGAUGAAAUGAGGUCUUCAUUUGAUCAACUUUAAAUAAGUUGAUAGAAUGAAGUACUAGUCAAGUACUAGGGUCUACCCUCCACGCCCCAAAAGACGUCUGGCUUUGUGCCUAUAUGAGUAAUUAUUAUUAUUGAUGACCUGGCAGAAUUGUUAACAUGUCAGACAAAAUGCUUAACAGAAUUUCUUCUGGUUCUUUACAUCUUGAGAUCAAAUUCCAUCGAGGUUGACUUAUUUUUCAUUCUUUUGGGGUUGAUAAAAUAAAUACCAGUUGAACACUGGGGUUGAUGUAUUUGACUAGCCCCCUCCUCCAAAAUUUCAGGCCUUGUGUCUAUAAUAGGAAGGAUUAUUAUUAGGUUGGUGUGACUGGCAGAAUUGUUAGAGCAUCAGACAAAAUACUUUGAGGUAGUUGUUCUGGCUCUUUACUUUUACUUUCUGUGUUCAAAUUUUGUUGAGGUCAACUUUUCCUUUCAGUUUUCUAGUCCUUGAUUGAUACUUUAUUUUAUCAACCUUUCUAGGGUUGAUUAAUAUAAAAUAUUAGUAGUCAAGUACUGUAAUCAACUCAUUCUUCCCCACAAAAUUUUUGGUCUUGUGCUUGUGUCUAUUUAAGAAAUCAUUAUCAGGUUGCUAGGUAGCAGAAUGCUGAAUAAAAUUAAUGUCUUGCUGUAUUUAGUUGUUCUCUUACUUUCCAAGUUCAAAUCCUGCCAGUGACAACUUCACAUUUCAUUCUUUUGGAGUUGAAUAAAAGAAACUUCAAAUAAGUACCAAUCAAGCACUAAGGACAGUUAAACCAAUUAUACACUUCUGUCCCCCACUUCAAAUAAUUGUGACAUUCUGCCAACGCAGAAGACCAUAAAUAAAUUAUUAUGAUUACUAUAUUUAGAAAAGUUGUUGUGAUGGCUGUAUCAUUAAAGCAACAGCCUCAAUCAGUGCAUUACAGUAUUUAGUUUUGUCCCUCACAGUUCUGAGUUCAACUCCCAUUGAGGUCAACUUUGCCUUACAAUCCCUCUUGGGUCAAUAAAAUAAGUAUCAGUAAUUGGCUGGAAUGAAUUAAUUUUAUUUUACUCUGUUCCUAUAAAAUAAUUAUGUCUACAAGAGUGGUGGAUGGCAAAAUCAGUGGUUUUCAACUAGCAAUAACCACGCCUCAGACAACCCCCACUGGUGAUACAAAAUGCCUUGUGGUAUUUAGUUACAUCCUUCUGAAUUCUAAGUUCAAAUCCUAACAGGAUCAACAUAGUCAUUCAUCAUUCUAGGAUUGAUGAAACAAGUACCUGUCAAGUACUGGUACAGUUCAAACCAAAUUUUUCCUCAACCCUUCAAAACAAUAAAAAAAAAAUUUAAUUUAGGCUUAGUCCCUAAGAUUGAAAUCAUAUUUACUAGGGCAGAUUUGUUAUUUUUAUUAAUGCAGUGGUUAAGUUUUGAGAGAGACCAAGUUUACAGAUCUAGUUUCUAUUUUUAGAUGGAAGUGCUUCAUUUUGUUUACAUCACUAAUGCUUUUCAGAAAGGCAUAAACAUCAUAAAUUCACAUAAACUGAAGGCAUUGACUUUUUAAAUAUCUCAAGCUUCUACCCUAUCUAAGAAAUGCCAGAUAAUAAUAAUAAUAAUAAUAAUAAUUACACUUUUAUUUCUUUGCUGUCAAAAAAGCCUUGGGAGAAAAUGAUGGCUCCUUCAAAUUAUUACAUAAUAUAUUUUUUUCAAUCAAAAACAUUAGUUUUGCAAAUUUGAAGAGGGAUUAGUUUUCUAAAUAAUUAAUAAGAGAAACAGCUCAAAAUUCAGAGCAGUUUAGUGGUAUGAUUUCUUUUAAUACAGUACGAUGUUUUUGUUCACUUGUGCUGACUUACAAAGUUAUAAAGAACCUGAGCUUUCAAAAAAUGACAGCUAAUAUUAACAAACAGGUUAACAUGGGUUAAAAUUUUAGUUGGUUCUCAUUAUUUUUCUUUAUUUCCCAUAUUCUUAAUUGUACUUAUAUUUACAUUUUGUUUCCACAUACACAUAUAUAUAUUUUGUUUUUACACACAUGCAUAUAUAUUUAUGUUUCUUUCCGUAUUUUUAUUUAUAUAGAUGUUCAUAUGCAAAUAACACAUAUUCCAGCAUACUUUAAAAUAAUUCUUAAAAAUAAUUUGCCAAAACCUGGUUCACAUUCUUUAUAGAAUUUGAACUUCAUCACAGUUCUUCUUUCAUUCUUAGUACAUAAAAACUAUCCAAAAUAUUUUUUAGUAAAAUUUUCCUUCAACUGAUUCACAUAUCAUUUUAUAUACUCAGAAUACAUGAUGUGUGCACAUCAGUAUAUCACAUACCAUAUUUCAGUAUUCCACCUAAACAACACCAUCUCAUGUAUGAUAAAGUGAUGAAUGAAGAUUAGUAAGCCUUGUAAGAGGCUAAGGAGAUGUGAUACAAUGAACCAACUGACUGGGUUUGGAUUUUUCACCCUCCUAACUGGUUUUUGCUUAUUUCUAUGACUUCCAAAUGUCAUCAAACUUCUUAGUGUGGCAUGUGUGUACACUAUAGAUCUCUAACUAUCAACUGUACCUAUCAAAAUGGACAGAAAUGCAUAUAUAUAUAUAUAUAUAUAUAUAUGAACACACCUGCACAUAUAGCAUGUAUACACCUGUUUAUUAUAAUUACACCGAUACCUCAAUUACUAAAAUAAAUAUGUUCCACUUUUUUUUACUCUGCUAUGAGGAAGUUUGUUGCUAGAAGAAGUUCUUUUAAUUAUUGAAAGAAAUAUACAUUCAUUUCAAAUACAAUGUCAAUAUAUAAAAUCUUUUGAAGAGAAUUAUAUGUAAUUUAAUAAAAAGCAUGCUGUUAUACUUUAGUUUGUGUAACAAAUAAAAAAUGUAAAGCAAUGAAAAAUAUGGUAUGACUGGUUGUGUUAGGUUUUUAUUUUUAUUGUGGUCUUCUAAUUCUUCUUUAUAACAGUUCAUUGAUAUCAUUACAGAUCUCCCAUUGCUGCAUUCAGAUUUUGGAUUGUUUUGUGAAGGUCAAUCUAAUGCACAAAUUAUUUCACCAAGGUCUUUGUUGUUAAAACCAGUGUUAGAGGAAUCUCCUUUUUGCUAUCUGGAACUAUACACUUGUGAUUCUGUUAAAAUAUGGUCUUCAUAGGUUUAAGUGACUUGUUAAGUUUCUUGCUUCAUCUGAUGAAAGUUAUUGCUUUUUUCUUAUCAGUACCUUGGGAGAGUGACACUUGUGAACCCUUAUCCACUCAGACACAAGGAUUUUGCCAUAUUUACUACAUUUAUUUUAUUGCUUAUGCUUGUUAGUUUAGAAGUAUUAUGUUCACUUGAAUUUUGUAUGGCAACUAUUAUAUUAAAUUGAUUUAUUAUGGUUUUUAAAGUUGACCGAGAAAGUCCUAAUAAUUCCAUAACAUUUAUGUUCCAUUUGUUUUAUAAUUUAUAGUUUGGUAGCUAUUAAUAUUGCUUUAAGUUUACAUGACAAGUUGAAAUAACAAGAGUACUAAAUGAAUCUUUGUAAAAAAAAUUAUCGCCAUCAUUUUAAUGUCUACUUUUCCAUGCUUGUAUGGCUCAUAUACUGGAACAUGGGGUAGAGUUUUCUGUGGCCAAAUGCCCUUCCUAAUGGCAAUCCUCACUUCCAAGCAAGGUUAUAAUCUUCCUGUCUAUCAAACAACAAACAGCCCAAAUUGAAAACAAAUGACGCUAAUUGAGCCUUUUCUUUAUAAAGAUCAUGCAACCCAAACAUGCUUUUGUAUUGGACUAUAAUCAUAUGAGACUGUCUGUGUGAAUAGUGAGGCCUUUGUUUACAAUCAGCAAACACACAUGAAGUUGAGGGGGAAAUAACACACACCCAAAUAUAUACACUUUCAGACACACAACUUUAUAUAUAUGUGUGUGUAUGUAUGUAUAUAUUUAUAUUAAGUUUCUUUCAACUUCUAUCUACCAAAUCCACUUACAAGGCUUUGGUCAGCCCAGGCUAUAGCAGAAGAUGAUUACCCAAAGUGUCAUGAAACCUGAAAACAUUUUUGGGAAGUGUACUUUAAGUUUUGAAAUUGUUAUACAAGUGUUACAAUAACAGACUCCAAAAUGCAAAAGCAGACAAACUGUGAUUGACUGAUUUUUCUUUCUUUUAUGUGCACUAAUAAAACAACAAAAUGUUUCUUUAUGAGAAAGACACAAAUUUGAGUGGGAACGUCUGUGGUCAGGCAAGCAAUGAAGAUGUCCAUUUUUAUCAUGACCUUGUCUGUUAAAUUGCUGCAAUAUUAAGCUUUGUCAUAAAUAGGUUUCAUUUAAAGAAGAAAUAUAAAACGAGGUAUUGGUACAUAAACACACACAUGCUCAUGCAACAUAAACUAAAAAGAGCCCUUUUUGCAGACCUAAUUUUGUAAAUUCUAUUUAGAGUAUUAUUAAUUCUUCAUUUUCUUUUCUUUACCUUUUUUGAACUACGAAGUUAGCACACAACUCUUGAUGAAGGAAUGUGUAAAUUCAUAUUUUGUUAUCACUUGAUACUGAAAUGAUUAUCACAUGACUGAUACAGUGUUAAUUUGCCAUUAUGAUAUUAAAUAUUACAAUUGUAAA